AAGCUACCGUCGGGAGCAACUGAAAGUGAGGAGCGGUUGCUGCAGUAGCUGGUGCUGCAGAAUGUGCGCGUGAAGACCUGAGCCUCGCUGGUCUCCAUCCCGCUCGGUCUUCAUUCACUGUCUCGAGGAGAGCAAAGGGAAACGGAUGCCCUAGCCAGGCGGGUGCCACCCUGGAUCUAUAACCGUGAAGUCGCCACUGUGGAAAAUGGUAAACAAAGACAUGAAUGGAUUUCCAGUCAAGAAAUGCUCAGCCUUCCAAUUUUUUAAGAAGCGGGUACGAAGAUGGAUCAAGAGCCCAAUGGUCAGUGUGGACAAGCAUCAGAGUCCCAGCCUGAAGUACACCGGCCCCUCGGGGGUGCACAUCCCUCCAGGGGAGUCUGAUUUUGAGCAUACCUUAUGUCAGUCAUGCCUGGGUGACCAUGCUUUCCAAAGAGGGAUGCUCCCUCCAGAAAAGGAGUCAUGCUCAUGGGAAGUCCAAUCCGGAUGUGAAGUGAAGGAGCCAUGCAACCAUGCCAGCAUCCUGACCAAGCCUGAUCCAAGAACCUUCUGGACUAAUGAUGACUCAGCUUUCAUGAAGCAAAGAAGGAUGGGCCUGAACGACUUUAUUCAGAAGAUAGCCAAUAACUCCUAUGCAUGCAAACACCCCGAAGUUCAGUCCAUUUUGAAAAUCUCCCAACCUCAGGAGCCUGAGCUAAUGAAUGCCAACCCCUCUCCUCCACCAAGUCCUUCUCAGCAAAUCAACCUUGGUCCAUCAUCCAAUCCUCAUGCCAAACCAUCGGACUUUCACUUCUUGAAAGUGAUUGGGAAAGGCAGUUUUGGAAAGGUUCUUCUCGCAAGGCACAAAGCAGAAGAAGCAUUCUAUGCAGUCAAAGUUUUACAGAAGAAAGCAAUCCUGAAAAAGAAAGAGGAGAAGCACAUCAUGUCAGAGCGGAACGUCCUAUUGAAGAAUGUGAAGCACCCUUUCCUGGUGGGCCUCCACUUCUCUUUCCAGACUGCCGACAAACUGUACUUUGUCCUAGACUACAUUAACGGUGGAGAGUUAUUCUACCACCUCCAGAGGGAGCGCUGCUUCCUAGAACCCCGGGCUCGCUUCUAUGCUGCUGAAAUAGCCAGUGCCUUGGGUUACCUGCACUCUCUGAACAUCGUGUAUAGAGACUUAAAACCAGAGAAUAUUUUGCUAGAUUCCCAGGGGCACAUUGUCCUCACUGACUUUGGACUCUGCAAGGAAAACAUUGAACAUAAUGGCACAACAUCCACCUUCUGCGGCACACCUGAGUAUCUUGCACCCGAGGUACUUCAUAAGCAGCCUUAUGACAGGACUGUGGACUGGUGGUGCCUGGGAGCCGUCCUGUAUGAGAUGUUGUAUGGCUUGCCUCCUUUUUAUAGCCGAAACACAGCUGAGAUGUAUGACAACAUCCUGAACAAACCCCUCCAGUUGAAACCAAAUAUUACAAAUUCUGCGAGGCAUCUCCUGGAGGGGCUCCUGCAGAAGGACAGGACCAAGAGGCUGGGAGCCAAGGAUGACUUUAUGGAGAUUAAGAGUCACGUCUUCUUCUCCCUCAUUAACUGGGAUGAUCUCAUAAACAAGAAGAUUACUCCUCCUUUUAACCCAAAUGUGAGUGGACCCAGUGACUUGCGGCACUUCGAUCCAGAGUUUACCGAGGAGCCUGUCCCCAGUUCAAUCGGCAGGUCCCCUGACAGCAUCCUCAUCACAGCCAGCGUAAAGGAAGCGGCCGAGGCGUUCCUUGGCUUCUCCUACGCGCCUCCCAUGGACUCUUUCCUCUGAGCAGUCCUAGGGGUGCUUGUGAAGGACCCUACAUGUGUCUGUGAAUGUUUUAGUUAGCCUUUUGGUGGAGCUGCCAGCUGACUGGACAUCUUAAAGAGAAUUUGCACAUCUCUGGCAGCCCUGUUGCACACUGUUUGCUGGAAGCUUUUCAAAGAGCACAUCCUUCUCAGUGAGCUCGUGUGAGGUUUUCAUUUUUAUCCUUCCUCCCAACCUGGUGCUAUCUCUGAAUUGAGCGCCGCCCCUGACAGGUGUGAGAGUCUCAGUAGAAGGGAGACGCAGGUCUGAGAAGGGUCUUCCCUAGGUCUGUUGGGGCUGUGAUAAUGAAUAUUCUGAAAUGUGCCUUUUCUGAUGAGAUCCUGUUAGCUCCAAAGCUUUCCCUAUCGCAGAGUGUUUCAGUUCUUUAUUUUUCCUUGUGGAUUUAGUGUGUGAACAAUGGUAUGAGUGUGGUAUGCCUGAUCGCAGAUGGAUUUUGUUAUAAGCAUCAAUGUGACACUUGCAGGACACUACAAUGUGGGACAUUGUUUGUUUCUUCCAUAUUUGGAAGAUAAAUUUAUGUGUAGACUGUUUUUUUUUUUUUGUAAGAUAGUUAUUAACUAAAACUUAUUGAAAUGGUCUUGCAAUGAUUUGCAUCUAGAUGCUUAAAGACAGCAUUGCUGCUACAAAUAUUUCUAUUUUUAGAAAGGGUUUUUAUGGACCAAUGCCCCAGAUGUCGGUCACAGCCAUUGGUGUUUUCAUUGUUUAAAAUGUCACCUGUAAAAUGGGCAUUAUUUAUGUUUUUUUUUUGCAUUCCUGAUAACUGUAUGUAUUGUAUAAAGUCUGUACAUUGGGUUAUAACACUAGUAUAUUUAAACUUACAGGCUUAUUUGUAAUGUAAACCACCAUUUUAAUGUAUUGUAAUUAACAUGGUUAUAAUAUGUACAAUCCUUCCUCCCUACCACACAACUUUUUGUGUGUGGUAAGCCAAUUCUGGUUUGCAAUAAAACCUUGAAAAUAUUUACAUAAA